GGUGUUAUUUGUUGUGUAAUGGAUGGUGGAGUUGAACUGCGUGAAUUUCUGACUGUAGUGUAAGGUCAUAUACAGCAACCACAUACGAUGACAUGUUUUAGGAGCGCUAACAUCAUCAUAAUCCAUCUGAGUGGAUAGUUAUUCAAGGACGCACGCCAAAGACUAGAAGGAUCCCACUGACAUUGGAAACAGAUAUUCUUUGUGUGGAUCCAUCAUCAUCAUCAUCAUCAUCAUGGUGGAGAUGAAGAGUUUCUGUGAAGCUGGAGUCUCCAUGCAGCAGGUGUGGGUGGAGGGCGGUCUGACUCUCUGCUUCUACUUCACCCUGGUGCCGUCCGUCCUCCUCACCCUCUUCUUCCUCUUCGGCACGUUUCUGUGUGUUUGGUACAGCCGCUACGGCACAGACAUGGAGCCCAAGUUCAUCCCUCGCUCUCGACUCUACCGGCUCCAAGUGGGCCUGUCGGUGCUGCUCGUCCUGCAGGCUCUGGGCUGGAUGGUGUUUCGGAUCGCUCGCAGCGGAGAGCUGCCGGGAUACGUGGUCCUGUACGGCUGUCUCUCCAUGAUGGGCUGGCUUUGGGCCGUGGCUCUGCUGCGUCUGGAGAGAAGGAGGGUUCUGGUGCGGGACAGAACCAGAGGACACAGUUCGGUACUGUUGCUGUACUGGGCCAUGGCUUUUGCGGCUGAAAACCUGGCGUUUGUGUCGUGGAUGAGCCCUCAGUGGUGGUGGACUCUGGAGACGUCCGAUCAACAGUUGGAGUUUGCUUUCUGGCUGGUGCGAUACUUCAGCUCAGGUUUGCUGUUCCUGUUAGGCCUCAAAGCCCCAGGCUUGCCUCGCCGACCGUACAUGCUUCUGGUCAAUGAAGAUGAGCGAGAUGUUGAGCACGGAGCACCUCUCUUGGGUAAUUCUGACGAGAAUCAGUCUACGUGGAAAGACUUUGGGCAGAAGGUGCGUCUGUUGGUGCCGUACAUGUGGCCUAAAGGCAGUGCCGUGCUUCAGCUGCUGGUUCUGCUGUGUCUCGGGAUGCUGGCCGUGGAACGCGUCAUCAAUGUGUUCGUGCCCAUCUACUACAAGAACAUAGUGAACCAGCUGACAGAUGGGAGCUCUUGGAAGACUCUGGCCACUACAGUGUGUGUUUACGGGCUUCUGAAGUUCCUGCAGGGUGGUGGAGCUGGUGCGUCUGGGUUUGUGAGUAACAUGCGUUCGUUCCUGUGGAUUCGUGUGCAGCAGUACACUAACCGUGUGGUGCAGGUGCGUCUCUUCGCUCACCUGCACUCUCUGUCUCUGCGCUGGCACCUGGGCCGCCGCACCGGAGACGUCCUGAGAAGCAUCGACAGAGGAACCUCCUCCAUCAACAGCCUGCUGAGCUACAUCGUGUUCAGCAUCUUCCCCACCAUCGCUGACAUUGUCAUCGCCAUUAUCUAUUUUAUAUCCAAUUUCAAUGCCUGGUUUGGCCUCAUAGUCUUUGUUUGCAUGGCCCUCUACCUCACUCUCACCAUCGUUAUCACUGAAUGGAGAACUAAAUACAGACGGGAUAUGAACACACAAGAUAACAAUGCCAAAUCGAAAGCUGUGGACUCUUUAUUGAACUUUGAGACGGUGAAAUAUUACAAUGCAGAGCGUUAUGAAGCAAGUCGCUUUGAGGAUGCCAUCUUGAAAUAUCAGGUAUCGGAAUGGAAGACCAACGCGUCUCUGGCGUUUUUAAACCAAACGCAAAACCUCAUCAUCGGUUUGGGUCUUCUGACCGGAUCUUUGCUCUGUGCGUACUUCGUGACAGAGGGAAAGUUUCAGGUUGGAGAUUAUGUGCUGUUUGGGACAUACAUCAUCCAGCUCUACACUCCGCUCAACUGGUUUGGAACAUACUACAGAAUGAUCCAGAACUCCUUCAUCGAUAUGGAAAGCAUGUUCAAGCUCUUCACUGAGGAUGAGGAAGUGAAGGAUGAUGUCAACGCAGGAAGCCUCUGCUACAGACAGGGAAAAGUAGAUUUUGAGAAUGUCUUCUUCAGGUACACGCAAGGCCAGGAAAUUCUAAAAGACGUCUCUUUCUCCGUACUUCCCGGACAGACGGUCGCACUUGUCGGACAGUCUGGAUCAGGAAAGAGCACCAUCAUCCGUCUGCUUUUCCGUUUUUAUGACGUUCAGGGCGGGUGUAUAAAAAUAGACGGUCAAGACAUCUCAAAGGUGAAGCAGUCCUCUCUGCGCGCUCACAUUGGCGUUGUCCCUCAGGACACCGUCCUGUUUAAUGACAAAAUCCGGGACAACAUCCGUUACGGUCGAGUUGCUGCUACUGACCAGGAGGUGGAGGAGGCUGCGAUUGCCGCUGACAUCCAUGACAAAAUCAUAACUUUCCCGGACGGCUAUGACACUCAGGUGGGUGAGAGGGGGCUGAAGUUGAGCGGAGGAGAGAAGCAGAGAGUCGCCAUCGCUCGCACCAUCCUCAAAGCGCCUCAGAUCAUCCUCCUCGAUGAGGCCACGUCUGCUCUAGACACACAGACUGAGCGAAAUAUCCAGGCAUCGCUGGCUAAAGUCUGCACCAACAGAACCACCAUUGUGGUGGCACACAGAUUGUCGACUGUCAUUGGAGCCGACAUGAUUCUUGUGCUUCGUGAUGGGCAGAUUGUGGAGAGAGGAGGGCAUGAGGAGCUGUUGGCGAAGGGAGGGCUGUACUCUGACAUGUGGAUGAAACAGCAGCAGGUGCAGGAUUCAGACUCGGCCUCUGACAGCGAGACUAAAGACAGGAAAUCAGAGAAACUACAGCCACAAACAUCCACUACAGGAACAGGACCCAAGGGACACUAGAUACGUGAUGGGACAGACAACAAAACCUGUUUUUUUGUGCAUUUUAAGCUCGCCCAAUGCUGUUGGGGCAUAUUAGAUUUAUAAUUAUUUAAUAUACAUUUCUUAUGUUUUUGCCAGUUCUCAAAAGUGCCCCAUUUUGC